AUGGGAUACAGUUCAGACUCCACUCUACCCGCUGGCGUGGUGGCAGAGGAGAUCGUCAAACACGACGGUAUAAACCUGGAUUUAAGUUCCCGUAAAAAAAUUGUUAUCAUGCCCAUGCUGAACAAGGAAGCAACUGCACGGUCGAAAUCCGGGGCACCUCCAAAGACUCUCAUACUUGGAACAUCGGUCUUCAGUCGUAUGAAGGUCACGAAAAAAAACCAACGAAUCAACGCCGACGCUGCAUCUAACAAACAACACCUCACAAGACCAUGCGUGGAGAAAGUUGGAGAUAUGGAAACUGAGGAUGUAUUGUCAUCAAUAGAAUUUGAAUGCGACCCCAAAGCCGCGAUUCCAAUGGCGACAUCUGCCUGCACAAAAGGUGCCGAUGCAGUGGAGUGCGAGGCCGCUUUGCAAUCGAGAAAGGUUGAGAUAAAUCCUCUCCCAUUAGAACAAGACGAGCCAUCCCCAUAUGCAGAUGAAUACGCAAAAUGUGGAUGUCGCUUAGAUGAAACUCAAUGCCCAAGGUGUCGAAUUCUAAAACUGACAGACAUGUAA